AUGGCGCUCCCGUUCAAUCCAAACACGAUCAAGCGCAACGCGCGCGUGUAUGGCUUCAACACCCAAGAAGCCGCCAUAUUCGCGCACAUUGCGCUCGACCAGCUCCGGGGCCUCAACGCGUCGUCCUCCGAGCCCGUCUCCCUUGAACAAAUCGCGGAAGCCAUCAAGCGCUAUGCCACCUCGGAAGUGGAGCGGGAAAGGGCCAUUAAGCCCGAGAUUCGGGACCGGGGCAUCUCCAUCCUCGACGACAUGGAAGCAGACUUGCUGCAGAUGGGGACUGAAAUCCACGAGUCCAACGAUGGAAACAUGCCCGAGCCGAUGAUUGUCGAGGAAGAGAGCCAUGGCCAGCCGUCUAAGCGAUUCAAGUUUGACGACGACGGACUGGAGCAGUACUUUGGCAAAGACGAUCCGUAUAAUUCUCGAACAGAAGUGGCACCGCUAAGUCUCAAGUAUUAUAAUCAAGACAUAAUAACAGCAAUGUGCGCAAGGGUCGAACUAGCAGUUGAAUUAGGAAAACAGCUCGCGCCCGAGGACCUGGUCAACCUGUACGCGACGAGCCGUACCUUUCACAGUGCCAUCAACGAACACAUGCUCUCCAGCAUCCGCAUGUGGAUUGCACACCGAGCCCCCGAGGCAGGCAAGAUAUUCGAGUUCCGCCUGUACCGACGAGUCCUGGUGACGGACCCGGCGGGGAGGACAUGGCACGAGCAGUGCCAGGGAGGUGAGGCGGCGAGGACAAACCCCGAGCUCAUGGCCCAGGUCCGCUCGGUUCCCGGCCUGCGAUACCUGCAGCUCGUCCUGGGCAGGGACCGGUGCUGCAGGCAAAUCAUCGGCAUCAUGGCCAGAAACGGCUUCCUCAUGCCCAAGUCGAUGCACGGGACGCUGCUGCGGCUCUGGCUGCUCAUGGACAUAGCCACCUCUGGCCAGCGGCAGGCUCUCCUGCGCAACCAGGACAUCUGGUCAGACGGCCACAUCUACAAUGCUCAAAUGUUCUUCAUGAAGCUCCUCAUGGCGUUCAACGAUCCCACCUACGGCCCCGGCAGCCCCGAGCUCCUCCACCUGUUCCUGGGCCAAAAGGGCCUCUACCCGCUCUGGCAGCUUCUCCUGCGCAAGAGGUUCACCACCCUCCCCGACCUAAUCGACCUCCAGGUCCGAUACCAGUACGACGUCCCUCCCGAGCUCGCCGCCAACCAGGCCGGCGAGCAGACCACCAUCCACGGCGUGCCCCUUCACGAAGUGGGAACGGGCCACUACGAGGGCUGGGGCCUGGGGGACAACCAUCUCCUCCGCCCGGACGAACUCAUCCCCAUGGAAGCCACGGCACGGACUCUCGAUCUGGAGCAUCACUUGAUAUACAUGAUGAUGUGGGGGUACUUCGACACCCGCAGCGGCGACAACAUCGUCCCCACCCAAGACGACAUGUACAUCUCCGACGAGGAGAACGUCCUCAAGCACAUGGACACGUCGUACCACUGGAAGAAGAAGCACGCCCUGAAGAAGAGCUUCUUCCACCUGUCCGCGGAACAGAAGCAGAAAAUCCUGGAUGACGACGAAGACGACCGCCUGAGAGCACUAGCCUGGACAGGCGACUCCUCAGAAGGCGACUCCGACGACGACGCGGGAGAAGAGCACCCUUACCCGCUCGACGAAGAAAUCAACCGCGGCUUCAUCGUCCGAUCCCCACGCAAGGACGAAAAGAAGGUCAGCGUCCCGGAAAUGAACGACAAGCAAGGGUGGGAGGACUUUGUCAACGCCGCAUUGACGACUGUCGGCCCCGAUCUGGGGGAGGACCAAAAGCUCAGAGCGCAGGCGUGGUAUAAUUAUUCCAAGGGCCAGGCGGAAGGCGGGAGGGACUGGCAGGCCUGGCUGGCGCACGAGGAAGCCAAUAGGGCCGCCGAGGCCGACGGGGAAGGCGACCGCGAGAGCGAGGCAGAGACCAUCAUCGUGGGCGACGAAAGCCUGGCCGGUGACGAGGACGCCGGCAGCGACACGGAGGACGGCGCGCUGCAUGAUCCGCUGCUGCGCGAGUUGGGCGAGUUUCUUCACGGGGACGGGGUCCAACCUAGCGUCGAGUUGAGGCAGCUGCUCGGCGACUAUUAUCAUGCGUAG